AAAGAGGAAGAGACAACACGCGAGCAAGCCGGCCAGUCACACAAGCCUCCUCGUCGCUUCCGUUGGUACAGAAAAGCGGUAAAGAAGCCAAAGAAGGAUAGGAGGAGAAGCUACGCGUUGAGUCCCGGCUGAGCUUAUGGCAGAGGCAGGCCAUUGGGGAAGAUGGCAAGAAGUCAAGAAGGAAGCCGAGAAGGGGCUCCAGCAGCGCUGGGAAGCCCAUUGGCAGGAGUUUCUUGAGAUGCAGGGGCCCAGUUCUAGAAGAAGGGAUAAGUCUGUGAUCUCCGAGGCUGCCCCGUGGGAUGAUGCCAAGGCCUUUCUGGCCUCCUUCGAGGAAGUGGCCAGGGCUUGUCGGUGGCCUCCAAGAGAAUGGGUGGCCUGGCUCUUGCCAGCACUGAGUGGAGAAGCAGAAGAGGUCUUCCAAAGCCUGGAUGCCCAGGACAAAGAGGACUAUGGGAAAGUGAAGGCUGCCAUCUUGCGAAGGGAUGCCCUGCGGAUGGAGGUGAGACGGCAGCAUUUCAGGGACUUCUCCUGCCAGGAGGUGGAAGACCCACGGAGGCUUCACAGCCAAGUCCAGGAGCUUUGCCACCGGGGGCUGAGGCCGGAGAGACGCAGCAAGGAGCAGAUCCUGGAGCUGCUGAUCCUGGAGCAGUACCUGGCCAGCCUUCGCCCGGACCUCCAGGGCUGGAUCCGGGCAGGAGGGCCCGACACGUGUUCCCAGGCCGUGGCCCUGGUGGAAGACUUCCUCGUGAGCCAAGAAGGGGCUGAGAGAGCGAAGUGGCAGGGGCUGAUAGUCACCAAGGAAACGUGCCCAUCUUUGCUCAAGAGCCACCAGGUUCUGAACCAGCCAAGCAGUCAGAUCGUAUCCUGGCAGGUUCUGCAGGAGGAGGCCGAGACCAUCGACUCUUUGGAUGACACGAUGGGAAGGCAGGUCAAGAUGGAGGAUCCUCAGUGGGGAAGAAAUGAGCCGAUGGAUGUCCCCAGAACCACUGCCCCGGCAAGCGAAGUGAACCUGCUGAAGAGAACUGAGAUAGGUGAGGAAGAAUGUGGAUUGAAAGAGGAUCAGUCAGCAGAGAGAGACAAGGAACAUAAUGAGUUCAGGGACCAUCUUACAGACACAGUAUGCCAGCCUUCCAAAAUGUUUACGAGGGAGGAAACACCCACAACCCUCAAGUGUGGCCGAAGGUAUCCUUACAAAUCAGAACCUGACCGGAUGUAUACCAGAAAGAACCACAAUGAAUGUCAUCAGCGGAUUCAUACCGGAGAGAAACCUUACAAAUGCUCUCAGUGUGGAAAGUGCUUCAGUCAGAGAAUAAAUUUGAAUAGACAUCAACUGCUUCAUACUGGAGCUAAACCAUACAAAUGUUACCAAUGUGGAAAAUGCUUCAGCCUACAAAAUUACUUGAAAAGACACCAAGGCAUCCAUACUGGAGCUGAAACUAAACCAUAUAAGUGCUCUCAGUGUGGGAAGUCCUUCUACCAGGAAAAAUGGUUGCUGGUCCAUCAGCGGAUUCAUACUGGAGAGAAGCCGUACGAAUGCUCUCAGUGUGGGAAAUGCUUCAGUCAGCAAGGAAACCUGAUGAACCACUGGAGGAUUCAUACUGGAGAGAAACCGUACAAAUGCUCUCAGUGCGGGAAAUGUUUCAGUCAGCAAGGAAACCUGAUGAGCCACUGGAGGAUUCACACCGGAGAGAGGCCGUACAAAUGCUUUCAGUGUGGAAAAAGCUUCAAAGUGGCAAAUUACUUGAAGAAACAUGAAAGAAUUCAUAGCAAUCAUAUGAAAGCCCUCCAUGGUGGAAAUGUUUCAGUUAGUGACUUCACUUGAAUGCUCGCCCGGGAAUUGAUGUAGGAGAAGAGCCAUACAGAUGCCUUGAGCAUCAGAAAGAUGUUUUUCGGGUAGUCUGUCUGAGUAUCUGAGUAUUAUGGGAUGGUACUACAGUAGGACUGUGGUAUCCACAGGGGAUCGGUUCCAAGCCAAAAUAUUAAAAGCUAUACAUUUCAUACAUCUGGGGACCCAAGGUUGAGAACCACUGACUUAGAGUAAGUCCAUUGAAUCAAUAGCCCAGUGGUGAGUUUACGCUUAAGUAAACCCCAUUCAUUUCUUGCGUGUUCUAGGGCUGGGACUCCCAGUUAUAUUUAACUCUAAAUUUCAGAGGCAAUCCCAAUGGAUAUUCCUUAGGUAGGGGACCUCCCAGUGAAAACUGCAAGGUUGUUGCAGAUAGGAUAAUGAAAUUGUGAAUUUAAAAAGAGGGAUAAUUGGAUUGAAGAGUGGUGGAAGAAGUGACACUAUUUGAAAGAGCUGUUUUGUAAAAAACUAUUUCUUAUCAGUAAGGAGUCUUUUCCUCCCCAAACUUACAGAAAAUUAGAAAAAACAAUGAGCAGUGCAUCAGAUAAUGUAACAAAACCCCUUUUCACUGUCGUAAUGUAGAACAAUUUUUCGACUGUUGUUGAUGAGUAAUAGGAAUGAAAUAACUUCAAAACUCUUGACUGUCAGUAACUCUCUCAACCUGGAGUAUGGGUUCUGAGCCUUGUCCCUCUUGCUUAAAAAAAGUCACCAUGAAUCUUGUACAGGCUAAUUUAUUUUGCCUCCCUGGGCAUAGGGAGCAUCAGCACUUACCACUUUUGCAUUUUUUAAAAAAUUAAA